AUGUCCGAGACGGGCCCCUGGGCCGCGCACCUCCAGGCCGGCCUCUCCGCCUUUCUGAGCGGCGAUGCGCGCGGCGCGCUCGCGAGCUACGCGCGCGCAGCCGAGCUCGGCUACCCCCCCGCGCUGUGCAAUGCCGCCUGGCUGCUGGAAAAGCGGUCGGGGGACCUGGGCCUGACACGUGGCGAAGGACGACUCGCUGCGGCGGUGUAUUUGGAGAGGAUCGUCGGAGAGGGGGGGCCGGAUGGGGAGGGCUCGAGGGGGGUGAGAGCGGAUCUGCGGGGGUGGGCGCACGUGAGACUGGGGGACUGUGCGUACUACGAGGGGGGCUGUGGCGGGAGGGGGGACGCGGCGGGGCAUUACCGAGCAGCGGGGGAGCUCGGGAACGGCCAGGGCCAAUUCAGCCUGGGGUGCCUCCUCGAGCGGGGUACCCACGGCGCAUCCCGCAAUCUUUCGGAGGCGGAACGGUUGUACCGAUUGUCGGGGGAUCACCCAAACAAGGGGGCCGUCGCGGCGGCCGCUCUGGCAGUUGCCAAGCUGAAGGUGGUCACGUUUCUAGAUUACUACGGGAUAGACGUAGAAACGUGGGUUAGGGCUCUUCACCUUUGGAUUGGGGACGGGUUGGAAGCGGUGUCGAACGCUGUUUGGAAGCUGUGUGAAACGGCGCUGGGGAGGACGUCUUCCAGCCCGGGGGAGGAAGCGAGCGGAAAAGAGGACGGGCCGGCUUUCCGGGGGGCUGACCUUGGUGCAAAUGGGACCCCCUAUUCAGAAGGUCGGGUGGGUGAGAUUAACGGGGACGGCGACGGACUAGCUGAGCGGUCGCCUGCCUCGUUCGCUGCUCUGCUGAAAGUUUUCCACGCCGCACGGGACGAGUGGGUUCUUCUCGGGCUGUGCGUUGCGUUGGGGUUCACUUUGGGGUUCAGACAUGCGCGGCGCGAUAUUAAAGAGUCGCACCCACCAGAUCAGCCAAGUGAAAACCAGGACAGCCGAAGUCAUGAGACGGAUGUUGUGAUCAUAGGAGCAGGCAUUGGAGGGCUCUGCUGUGGAGCGUUGCUCGCAAAGUAUGGCCAGCGGGUCACCAUUUGUGAGAGCCACUCCAUUCCAGGGGGAGCUGCGCACUCGUUCCAACGGCAGGGGUACCACUUCGACUCGGGCCCCUCGUUCCAUGCGGGGCUCUCAAUGGACAAGUCACUCAACCCCCUGAAACAGGUCCUCGACGUUCUGGGGGAGGAGGUGCCCUGCGUAUCCUAUGAUACGUGGAUAGGUUACCUUCCAGAGGGGCAGUAUACAUUCCGUGCCGAGGCGGAGGCGUACCGUAACGAGAUUCUCAAGUAUGGGGGACCGGACGCUCUUGCAGAGUGGAUGGAACUAGAGAAACUCAUAGAGCCGUUGGCAAAGGCUUCUGCUGCACUGCCGCCGGCGGCGAUGAGGGGCGACCCAGCGGUUGCCCUAUCAGUCGCUCGCUUUCUGCCCGGCCUUCUGCCGACCAUCUCGUCCUCUUCGAAGCUCCUGAGGCCCUUCUCCGAAGUAGUCGACAAGUGCGUCAAGAACCCUUUCCUUCGCAAUCUCAUAGACUUGGAGUGCUUCGUCCUUAGCGGAAUGCUCGCAAAGAGCACGAUCACCGCCGAAAUGGCUUUCAUGUUUUACGAGCGGAAUCGACCGGAGGGCACGAUCGACUACCCAAUCGGCGGAGGGGAGGCGAUCAUCAGCGCUCUCGUGAGGGGCUUCAAGAAGCACGGGGGUCGGAUACUGCUCAACUCCCACGUAGACGAGAUCCUUGUACGCAAGGGGCAGGCGGUGGGCGUCAAACUGAAGGCUCGCGGCAAGGGCCCGAGCGCCGUUGUGCGCGCGCGCAAGGCCGUCGUCUCCAACGCGUCGCUGUGGGAUACGCAGCGACUGCUGCCCCCGGGGGCGGUCCCCGUGCAGGAACGGAAAGAAGCGCUGGCGACACCCAUGACCGACAGUUUUCUCCACUUACAUUUGGGCAUCGAUGCGACUGGGCUUCCCGAAGACAUCGAGUGCCAUCACUUGAUAGUCAACAGCUGGGACGCGGGGAUCCGCUCCCCCCAGAACGUGUGCAUAAUAUCCAUCCCCACCAUUUUCGACCCAAACCUCGCCCCCCAAGGAAAACACGUUGUCCACGCUUAUACCGCGGGGAACGAGCCCUACAGCAUUUGGGAGGGCCUCGACCGGUUCAGCCCCGAGUACAAGGCCCUCAAGGAGGAGCGCGUGCAAGUGCUCUGGCGGGCGCUGGAGCGGGUCAUUCCGGACAUCCGUCAGCGGACGGAACUGGAGAUGAUCGGAACGCCGCUCACGCACGAGCGGUACCUGCGGAGAAGUCGGGGGACGUACGGCCCGGCCAUCGAGGCGGGCAAGCAGAGCUGGCCGGGGCCGGUGUCGCCCCUCCCGGGGCUCUACUGCUGCGGCGAUUCCACCAUGCCAGGUAUCGGGGUGCCGGCUGUUGCUGCGAGCGGAAUGAUCACCGCGAAUACGAUGGUCCCCAUCUGGAAACACUGGCAAUUGCUGGAUAGCUUAGCUUGACUUGGCAGCGGGAUAGAAGGUGCUUAGUAAAUGAAAGACAUGAGUUGUUGUAUUCAAGGUUUGAGUAGGACAGGAGAAAUUGUAAGACAUUCAAGAGGAGGUACAUAGAGCACACCGAUUUGUUGUUGGCGAUUCUGUCUUGCAUACGCUUCUAGAAGGUCGCGAAACCUGCAGCAUAUCCACUAAGUACAGUCAUAGAAAGGCAUUGAGGUAUAAAGAGCAAGGUUCGGCACUUUUAAACCGAACAAUCCAUGCAGAGUAUGAAAAUAGUCGAUCGCUCAUAAAGACUGCUCGAUCCAUAUUUAAUUGCAGCCCGCUUAAUCUUGCU